GUCUACUCGCAACACAAGGUCAAGUGCGAGCGUCCGAGUCAUUGCUCCUCGCGUGCGCACCGCAUAACUUGCGCAGACGCAGCCAGUGCUAUUAUAGUGACCGGUGUUACUGCGGUCCAAAAUGAUAUCAACACAAGUGUUAUUGACCUGUUUGCUCUGCGUGACAGCGCAGGCGCUCGCCAGCAGCGAUGACAGGUUCAUCAAGAAGUAUGCUAUGAUGAAGAUUUAUGAAAGUUGCUUUGGUCCGGAAGUUGUAAAACAAAUCCGAAAAGAAAUGAAAGACGCCUAUGCAAAAUGCUCAGCACCGCCGCCACCGCCACCUUUCGACGAUUCUUCGAACUCGCUGCCCUCCAUCUUGCUCGGCAAGCUGCCACCCGGUUUCUCCAUAGACCCGAGCACGCAAACCAUCACAAAACCAACAGAUGGCGCUCUACACAAUCAAGAAAAUGAACUGCCGAAUUCUCCACAGCAACCACAUAAACCGCCUGUUUUAGCAUUUAGGCCGCAAGGGCCGUCCUUCCCGCAUCAAGUUCAACCAUCUAUCCCCCCAUACAUGAUGCCCAAUCCGCAAUUCCGCCCAUUUAGCGCUGCCACUCCCUUCUAUCAGUUCCCCUACAACGCGCCAGGGAUGUUCUAUCCUCAGCAAUACAAUCCUUAUGGAUACCAGCAGUACCAGCAGUACCAGCAAGGGAUUUAUCAACAGCCUUACUACGGAAAUAACAGAAUGGGGCGCGACUUAGAUCUGCGCGAUCGCCUCGACGUGAUCUCGCGCGGCCCAGGCGCACCGGCGGCGAACCGCGUGCGCAACAUCACCUGCGUCAUGCAGGAGCUGGGCUACAUCGACCACAACCUUGAGCCGAACUACGAACAAAUCACUCAGAGAAUCAGCAACUUGCCCGUCUCUAGUGAGCUGAAGGGUGACAUUCAGGACGGGUUGCAAUUUUGUCAGAAAUUCUCGCAAUGUGUACCUGAUGUCAAACGUGACGUGGCACCACUUUCCCAAGAGCUGAUCAAGCCUAUGUUCUUCUUCCGUUGCUACAAGCACAAGAAACUGGAAGCAUGCAUCAUGAAGGACAUCCGCGAACGGUUCACCAGCGAAGAUGAACUAGACACCGAUGGUGAUUUUAGAUCCCUGGGCAGAGCUGCUCGUUCCAUCCGGGACGAUACCCUGAACGACCCUCGCUUCGACGCUCUCGACGAGAUGGCGGUAUAUCUGUAUGAUUACCUCAGCGGAGGAAAUGGAUUCGACUUUGACCUGUACAUGUGAAAAGGUUGCGAGGUUGGAGAAAUCAGCGUUCUAAGAUCCGAUUAAAUACAGUGAAGAGAAGAAAAACGAAAAAACCUCGAUGUG